AUGGAAACAUUUAAAUGCUGUGGUAUAAUCAAUAUAAAACCACAUUUUAAGACAACACUUCAGAGUAAACAAACCCAUAAACAAACCAGAAAAAAACAAAUUAUUCGUUACCCAACAAUGAAACGUAAAUUGAGUGUUUUAGUGUUAAUUUUUGUGAUUGGUUCAACAGCAGCUAAUUAUGAUGGCAGCAAUAGUGACUCAACAAUAAGCGGCUUAAAAAUGUUGCAACGAUUAUACCAUUAUUGUGAACAAAGUGAUGAUUUAAUUAAAUGUUUAAAAAUACAUGCUUUAAAAUUCACCGAUCGUGCAUUAAAAUCAAAACAGAUCAGUCUUUUUGAUGGUAUUGCUUUUAUACGUGACGAAAGUGACAAAUAUUCUCGAGCUUAUCAUAAUGAUGAAAAGUUAACCGAAAAUCUACAAUCGUUAUCAACACAUGAAAUAGAUCGAUUACUCAUCGAUCGUACUCAACGCUUUUUGGAUACUCACAAAGUUCAACUCUCAGUUCCACGUUUAUUCGCUGAUGAAAAUGAUAGUGAAAGUCGUGGCCAUAAACAUAUGAAAAAAUACAUAGGCCCAUUGUUAGCAGCGCUUACAUUGAAAUCUGGUUUACUAGCAAUGUCAUUCAAAGCAGUUGCUUUAUUAGCUGGAAAAGCGUUACUUGUUGGAAAAAUUGCAUUGGUACUAACCGCAAUUUUAGGUUUGAAAAAGUUAUUAUCACAUGAGGGUCAUGAAAAAACGACAUAUGAGAUUGUAAAACAUCCACAUGUAUCUCAUGCUCAAACGUACUCAAGCAGUAAUUAUGGUGGUGGGGAGUAUGAAACAAGUGGGGUAGGAGGACAUUAUCAUCGAAGUAUUAAUGAAAAUCAAAGCCAAGACCGAGCAUAUCGUAGUUAUAUUCCUAAUACAUUUCAAUAA